AAUCGGCUCGAUAUACGACCUUUGCUUUUAAUCUUCCUCCGGCGAAGUAUUAACACCAUCUGGAAGACAGGAAGAAAGAGACCCUACCUACCGCGGCUCAAACCGGAAUCUCCAUUUUCGUGAAGAUCACAACGCUGUCUCUCUCUCUCUCGACUAUUCUUCAUGUAUCAGCUUUGUGUUUGGCUGAAGUUUUAGAUGUGGGAGGAGGUAUAUUGAUUAUGGAAUUCAAGUAUUUUGUUAACGAAAGCCAUAGGGGAUUAGAGUCUAAUCUGAUGUAUCAUUUUCGAGGGAGAUGUUCUGGACAUCUGGUGUACGGAAGCAUUAUAUUACCUUUACAUGAUUAUUCUCUUUGAUACCUAUGAUCUUCGUCUAUAUAACAUUCUGAACGGGUUUUUAUCUUCCCAGCACUUUAUGUUUUCCAAGUCAUUCCAACACCUUGAUGCUUUAUUGGAAUAGCAUUUUAAACUAUUUGUAUGUUAUUCUGUUAGGCUACAGUUAGAAUUCUAAAUAUAUUACCGACUGGGCAAUAUAAUCUGAUCUGAGGAAAUGCAAAGCUCAAGAACAAAGUUCGUAUAAGUGGCUUUUUCAUGGUUUUCUGACCUCUUGUAAUAGUCAGUUCAAGCUUAUUUUGACAGCAUGGGGGAUAUGUUAGAUAUCCAUUGGGAAGAUGUGGUCUGCCCCAUAUGCUUGGAUUUUCCUCAUAAUAGUGUUCUGCUCCAAUGUUCAUCUUAUGAUCAAGGAUGCCGUCCGUUUAUAUGCGACACAAGUCAAUUACACUCGAAUUGUUUGGAUCGUUUUAAAAUUGCAUGUGGCAUGUCAUCCUCCUUGAUGUCUGAUGAAACCUCCACAGAAAAUAAAGAGCCAGUGGUAUCAGAUGACCGAUGCAAGCUGAGUUGUCCCUUGUGCAGAGGUGAAGUGUCUGGGUGGAUUGUGGUUGACAGAGCCCGUCUAUUUCUGGAUAAGAAGAAGCGUUGUUGUGAUGAGGUGCAAUGCUCAUUCAUGGGAAGUUUCUUGGAGCUGCAAGAGCAUGCCCAACAGGAACACCCCCAUGCUCGUCCAUCAAAAAUUGACCCUGCUCGUCAGCUAGAUUGGGAGAAUUUUCAGCAGUCCACUGAGAUUGUAGAUGUCUUGAGCACUAUUCAUUCAGAAAUCCCUCGGGGGGUGGUUUUAGGAGAUUAUGUGAUUGAAUAUGGAGAUGAUGAUACUGCUGAUGAGUUUGAAGACUUCCCUGGAGAUGAAGGCAACUGGUGGACAUCUUGUAUCUUGUAUCAGGUCUUUGACAACUUCAGGAGUUCCAGAAACAGAAGACGGUCAAGAGUUAGUGAUACAAGAAGGGGUAAUCGCCGUUUAAGUUUUGAUACUUCAAACUCUGAUGAAGGUUCUGUAGCAUCAGUCGAGUAUACUGAUUAUAGGCUAGAUGAUAUUGAUGAUGAGUUUGGUAGUACAGUUGGCCCCUCAAGGGGUAGCAGUGGUUAUCGCAGAUAUCACAGACGCCGAUCCCGCUUCUAUGACAACUAACUACUAGUACGUGAACAGAAGUGGAGCAAACCGAAAGGCAGAGUUCCACAGGACAUGGGAAGCAGUGUGAUCUCCGUGCAGCUGGCAUACAUUUCUAGGUUACAUUUAUUGCAUUUACAAUGAGAUGUGCUGAUGGGCAACUUUACAAACUGAGCAGUUGCAUACUUCCUUGUGGGUCUCAUACUAGAAGCUUUGUUUAAUGAUUAGCUUUAAUCGCUCCAUUUGUUAGCUCAAUCUGACUGAAUGUUGGGCAUUGAAAGCCUGUUAAUUUUCUCAUGUGCGACCUUCUAGUGUUUCUGCAAGCAUUCUGAUGCUUGAUUAUGAUAGAACUAGUUUACAUCUUUUCCAUGUACAUAUCGCUAAUUGAUCAUGAUAUGUUAGAAUAAUAACUAUAUAAUAGCUGUUAGCCCUUUUUUUUUUAA